ACGAGGGGCGGGCACUGGGGCGCACCAAUCACGGUGCAGCCCCGCCCUAUAAAUACGCUGCGCCGGGGCUUUUUUUGCACCUUUCUGCCCAGUUAGGUUUUAAUCAGUUUAGUUUGCUUGCUUCUGCAGUUGCUAUGUCUGAGACGGCACCACCCGCCCUAGCCGCUUCCACUGCUCCUGUGAAGCCUUCAGCUGGCAAGAAAACGAAGAAACCUGCGAAGGCUGUAGCACCCGCCAAGAAAAAUGCUGGUCCCUCCGUAUCGGAGCUGAUCGUGCAGGCUGUUUCCUCUUCUAAGGAGCGCGGUGGCGUGUCUCUGGCUGCUCUUAAGAAGGCGCUGGCGGCUGCUGGCUACGACGUGGAGAAGAACAACGGUCGCAUCAAGCUGGGCCUUAAGAGCCUGGUAAACAAGGGUACGUUGGUGCAAACUAAGGGCACCGGCGCUUCUGGCUCUUUUAAGCUCAACAAGAAGGCCUCUGUGGAAGCUAAGCCCAGUGCCUCAAAGGUAGCAGUGAAAGCCAAGGCAGUGGCCGCUUCUAAGAAACCUAGAAAGGCCGCGGGGGCUACUGCUAUGAAAAAUGUGAAGACUCCCAAAAAAGCUAAAAAGCCUGCUGUAACAAAGGCUUCCAAGAGCCCCAAGAAGUCUAAAGCAGUGAAGCCCAAAAAAGGUAAAAGUCCUGGCAAGGCUGUGAAGCCCAAAGCGGCCAAGGUGAGGAUGACUAAGCCAAAGACUGCUGCCAAACCCAAGAAGGCAACAGCCAAGAAAAAGUAAAGUUUUGGUUGGAAGCUUCUUCUACUGACCCAACGGCUCUUUUAAGAGCCACCUAUGUAUUUCAGAAAAAGAGCUCCAGCAUAUGAGACCUCAGUACCCUAGCAAAAGCGAUGGCUGUGAAGCCA